UCACCAUUCACAAUGGCUGCCUCAGUCUAUGCAACACCACCACCGGAUCUUAGCGGCGAGGAAGCAGCCCUGAGUGAUGCAUCGAACUCCUCGCAAACCAACAGCUCUCACAGUUCGACGUUGAAAGCUUCCAAGCGUACGCUCUCGUCAUCGUUUCUGAACGCAGUUACAACGCAAAGCAGUACCACUACCUCGCAACUGAGCUCCGACUCGCUUCCAGAUCUGUCGAAAAAGCGACGUAAGCAAUCGAUGCCGAUACGAUUUUCGGCCAACGGGACGGCCAUUGAAAUACCAGCACCGGCCGGCACGGAAACGGUUGUCGAAGGCGACGAGCGAUCGAUGGAUGGAUCGCGUGGAAACGUGCAUGAUGUGCCAGAGGACGAGCAGGAGCGAACGGAAGCGGACAGCUCACCGAAUCCCACCAGUCCGGCAAUGGAGAAUGGCGACGACGAGAGUGCAGCAUUGCUGGAAGAGCAGCAAAACAACUUUCAGAAGAUAUUCCUUUCGAACCUUAGUCAAUUACAGCAAAAACACCUACAGUUGCAGCAACAGCAGCAACAGCACAGCGAGGGAUUUCUAGGCCUAUCCAAUCCGGGCACAACACUUCCUGAAAACUUCCUAUCCUCCAAGCUGAACAACUUCAUUGCGUUGAGUGGUGCUCGAGCAGAUCGGGAAUCAACCUCCGUACCCAGAAGCGACGAUGAGCAAGAAGCCACGGAUGAUCGUACGCAAUCCAUCGCGGGCGAUCCACCAGGCAGACAGCAAAGUCGUGAGCAAUCACCUGUUAGGAAACAUCCACCCUCAACCGAAGGUGUCAUGAAGACUCGAGAGACUGAUCCCGAGCGUAAGACAUCGUCCCCACCAGAGACUACGUCUGUUUCGGUGCCGGAAGGUGAUGAAAGGCUGGCCGAACAACCAUCAACUACAACUAGCCCACCAAAGAUUUCCCUCAAAAAGGAACUCCUGAUGGACCCGGAAUGGGAUGGCGAGAUUCGUAGCAACAUGCCCAAACCGGAUGACUGGAUAUCGAUCGCCGGGCUAUCGUUCCCAUUUCCACCGGAAGCUGCUGCAGCGCUGUCCGCCUCGGGUUAUCUUCCCCAGCUGCCACUGUUGGGUGUACCGACUGUGUCUGCGUUUGGAACGUCGGGCGAUGGUACCAAUCGGCCUGGUGUACCACCGUUGCGCAUCUUCAAUCCGGAAGCUUAUUGCGAUCUCUGCAACAAGGAGUUUUGCAACAAAUACUUUUUGAAAACACACAAAGCGAACAAGCACGGCAUCUAUGAAGCCGCACCAGGCAAUGGAAGUUCAGACGUGGCAAAUUCUGCCCUGUCGGCCAUGAACAAUCCCUUCAAUCCGAUUCAUCAGCUAUCGCAAGUGUUCCAGAUGCAGCAACAGCAGCACACUAGCGUCCCUAUCGCUGGCGAACAGCUGGAGAAACUCUCUAGCCAUCACGGCGGCGCUUCUGAUACGGAACGUUUGCAGUCUCAGGCGCUGCUGCAGUCUCAUGCCCAAUCCAUGACAGUGUGUCAACAGAAUCAACCAAAUGUGGGAAAAACGAUGCCCCAGCUACCGAUGCGUUCGGCUCAUUCUCCAAAAGUUUCCGUUGUACCAAAUCAAAUUCAACCCACCGUCUUUUGUGACAUUUGUUUCAAGAAGUUCAGCAGUCUUAGCGCUAUGCGCAAACAUCGCAGCAAGGCUCACGAGCUGUCAAACAGUAGUCAUCAGUUGCAACAGCAGCAGCAGCAGCAGCAGCAGCAACAGCAACAACUGCAUCAGCAGCAACAACAGCAGCAGCAACAACUUCAACAACAAUUACAGCAACAUUUGCAACAACAAUAUCACCAGCAAAUGCAGACACAGCAGCAACACGCAAAGCUCGCUGUGACCAGACAAGAAGCGUCCGAAUCCGGAUUGGACUCAGCUGGUGGAGGACCACUGCAGCUACCCGACGGUUUCCGGGAGGACUACACGAUCGAGCAGGAGGAUGCUACAUUUACUCCGCAGCCACGCAAACUAUCGCCACACUCGAUGCAAGCGGCAAAGGAAGCAAACUUCUCGGCAGACAAGCUACGUCGGCUCGGUGUUGUCAAUCCGGAAGCAUUCUGUGAGAUUUGCUGCAAGGAGUAUUGCAACAAAUACUUUCUGCGAACUCACAAGUUCAAACGCCACGGCAUCCUUCCGACGGCGGACGAGUUGAAGGACGAAGGAGGACGCCAGCCGUGGGCGCCGUUCCUGCAAACGAGCCCGCUGAACCUUAUCAUGGGCGGUACGGCGGCCGAUGUGGUGAAUGCUCAGAUGGCUCUGCAGGCAGCUUCGCCUUCCUCGCUACGAAAGCUAAUAACAAGCGGUGAGCUGGGCAAUGAUUCGGUUGCGAUCGAGGGCGCUAAAGGAGUGGAGAUCAAACGUGAACAGUCGCCGUCGGUGAAGAUGGACAAUGGAGGUGGUGAUUCGGAUGAUCAGCAGCAGUCCGAUGGUGGAAAUCCGGGAGCGAGCAACGCUGAUGAGGUUGCACGCGACGGUGGUAGUGACGAGGACGCAGAGGCGAUUAGUGUCGAUCUGCAGAAAUUGCAAUCGAUGAUCAUGCAACUGAACGACCUGAACAGCAUGCAGCAGCAGCGCAAGGUGGGUUGUGGCGUGUGUGGCAAGGAGAUGGCUAACCAGUAUCUCUUACACGCGCACAUGCUUCAAGAGCAUGGUUCCAUGGGCAUGGACAAUAACAACGGCCCAAAGGAGUCCCGUGCUCCGACACCGAACGAUAUGCCCGAGACGUGCAAGCACUGCGAUAAGGAGUUUGCAAACGUGUACAUGCUGAAACAGCAUUUGGUGGAAGUGCAUGGCAGUAUGGCCGGUAUACCGAGCCCCAAACGUGAGGGUUUUAUCACACCGGAGCGCCCAACAACUGUACCGUCGGGAGUUGGUAAUGGCGGCACAGGUAGCGGAGGGGGAGCCACCAUCCCAAUGCCACCCGGUGCUCCCGGGUAUGGCGAACGUAAGCCAAGCUAUUCGAUGACUCCCACCAGCAGCUAUUGCGAGAUUUGCAACAAGGAGCUGUGCAACAAGUACUUCAUGAAGACGCACAUGCAGCGUAUGCAUGGCAUCGAGAUCGAAAACGGUGCCCAGAUAGGUGGUGUCGUCUGCAACAUUUGCAACAAGGAGCUCUGCAGCAAGUACUUCCUACGGGUGCACAAGCACAACACGCACGGCAUCGUGGAGGAAGGUGCACCGCUGCCCCAACCCCGUCAGAAUGGAUCAUCAGCAAUAGCGGGAGUGGGUGAGAUGGGAGCAGGCGAGUCCGGUGACGGUGGUUCCUUUCCGGGCAGUGAUCUAAAGCCGGGCGAGGUUAGCGAUCUUAGCAAUCGGUACUACUCACACUUCACCGAAGUGUGUCCAUUGUGCAGUCGUCGAUUCCGCAGUGCAAAGUGGCUGCGAGCGCAUCUCCUGAGCGAUCACGGGAAGGUUGGCAUUGAGAAGCUAAAAGACAUCGAACAGAAGCUCAGCUCGAACGCGCAAAAUGGAGGCUCUUUGAUGGGGAACGGUGCCAAUUCUGGUGCCAGUGGAAACAGUCGGAGCAAAUCAAACAGUCCCUCGCUGAAGGUGCCGAAUGGGUUGAAUGAUGGCAAGUUCGGUUCCAAAUCACCGUUUGGAGGGUUAAGCCCAGCCGAGGCAGCCAAGUUCCUGCCGAAGGGUACCACCAUUCCCACACUGUUCGGAGCGGAUCAACCGACCUCGCCGAUAGGUGGCCUAAAGGGAUAUCAAUGCUCAUACUGCUCCUUUGCCACUCCGCUCUUGCCGUUGCUCUUCAUCCACGAACGAUCACACUCCAGCUUGACAAUAGUGCAGCAGCAGUUGCUUCAGCAACAGCAACAACAGCAAGAGGAAGCUCAGGCAGCGGCCGCCGCCGCCGCCGCCGCAGCAGCAGCAGCUCUCGGAGCAGCACCAUUCGUUCCGCUGCUCAAGUCCGAAUCGGCCGUCUCGCUGGCAAAGGAUCAUUCCGCCAACCAGCUCAUGCCUGGCACGUCGUCCGAAACGCCCACUUCUACGCCCGCAUCCACACCGGUACCUUCCUCAUCGCAGGAAGCGCUCAACUUGCAUCAGCAGCAGACACGAUCCCAGAGCCCGGAACGGGCAGCAUCUCCACGCGAUCCCGACCCACCAACCCGUGCGGACACGAAACCUACCUCACCAAAGCCAGCGUCGCCACCGUCAGUAGCCGGUGCGGAACCGACGGCAAUGCUGUCGGAGGUAGCCAACAUUACCCAACGCCCAGCUGUGUACGCGCUGCCCCAGCAGAGCGGUCCGCUCAUGAUGCAAUCGUUCCUGAUCGAGGAAUCGCUCAGUGACGGUGCUGGGGGACGCUCGCCGAAGGAUGCCGCGGACCGGUCGGAUGGACCGCUAGGUCAGGAUCACAGGUUCGUACCAGCUGUUGUUUUCUUACCCGUUAAAGAGCGUAUCCUAACGCCGAUGACAAUAUCGUUCAAUCUGAGUCCCGCCUAAGGGAGAUCUCAGG